CCGGCGCGGGGCCGCCCUGCCCGGUGAGGUCCCGCAGGUGAGGUCCCGCCGCCGAGGCCGCCGCCUCCCCGGACGAGGGUGUGGCCGCUCCUGGUGGGCGGGUGCGCAUGCGCGAGCGAGCGUGGGCGCCCAGGUCUACGCGGCCGCGACCGUGUGGUUUAGAUGCUGCUUGCCGGACCCGCGGCCCCCGGGAAGCCUGCGCCGAUCACUGUGCCCCUGUUUUUCCUCCGAGUUCCUGUGACUUUCCUUGUGCUGCCCGCUCGUUGGCGCGGUGUACCUGUGGCGGCAGCUGUGGUCUGGAGACAGAUUCGUGUCCCCCGCCCUGCUCGCCCUUCUCUGAGGGAUGGGACCUAGGCACUGCCCCUCCCCGUGCCCUCAUCACUCAAAGGGAGUGGGAGUGAGUGGGAGGAAGUAACAGGAAGACCAUCUGACGUCAGGUAAGAACCCGCAGCACGAGUCACUGAAGGAGAGAAAUUGGACGUUCCUGUUGGCUCCAUAAGUACCUAUGGAUUAUGGCAGGGAAAGUGAAAUGGGUCACUGAUAUUGAGAAGUCGGUGCUGAUAAAUAACUUUGAAAAGAGAGGAUGGGUCCAAGUGACAGAAAACGAGGAUUGGAACUUCUACUGGAUGAGUGUGCAAACCAUCCGAAACGUUUUCAGUGUCGAAACUGGCUAUCGGCUCUCAGACGAUCAAAUAGUCAACCAUUUUCCGAACCACUAUGAACUGACCCGGAAGGAUCUGAUGGUGAAGAAUAUUAAAAGAUACAGGAAGGAGCUGGAGAAAGAAGGGAGUCCUCUGGCAGAAAAAGAUGAAAACGGGAAAUACCUCUAUCUGGACUUUGUUCCGGUCACCUACAUGCUGCCCGCGGACUACAACCUGUUCGUGGAGGAGUUCCGGAAAAGCCCCUCCAGCACCUGGAUCAUGAAACCUUGUGGCAAAGCCCAGGGAAAGGGCAUCUUUUUGAUCAACAAGCUCUCGCAGAUCAAAAAGUGGUCCCGGGACAGCAAAACAUCUUCGUUUGUGACCCAGUCCACCAAGGAGGCCUACGUGAUCUCCCUGUACAUUAACAACCCGCUGCUGAUCGGCGGGAGGAAGUUUGACCUGCGCUUGUACGUGCUGGUGUCUACGUACCGCCCACUGCGCUGUUACAUGUAUAAACUUGGAUUCUGCCGCUUCUGCACGGUGAAGUACACCCCAAGCACCAGCGAGCUGGACAACAUGUUUGUUCAUCUCACCAACGUCGCCAUCCAGAAGCACGGGGAGGACUACAACCACAUCCACGGGGGCAAGUGGACGGUGAACAACCUGCGGCUGUACCUGGAGAGCACCCGAGGCAAGGAGGUGACCGGCAAGCUGUUCGACGAGAUCCACUGGAUCAUCGUGCAGUCGCUGAAGGCCGUGGCGCCGGUGAUGAACAACGACAAACACUGCUUCGAGUGCUAUGGCUAUGACAUCAUCAUCGACGACAAGCUGAAGCCCUGGCUGAUUGAGGUGAACGCGUCCCCGUCUCUCACCUCCAGCACCGCCAACGACCGAAUCCUUAAGUAUAACCUGAUCAAUGACACCCUCAAUAUCGCAGUCCCUAAUGGCGAGAUUCCAGACUGUAAAUGGAACAAAUCACCCCCGAAGGAAGUUCUUGGCAAUUACGAAAUUCUCUAUGAUGAAGAGCUGGCUCAGGGCGACGGGGCUGACCGGGAGCUGAGAAGUCGCCAGGGCCAGUCGCUGGGGCCCAGAGGGGGCCGAUCGAGAGACUCGGGGAGAACCGUCCUCACAACCUGGAAGUGACCACCAGGAGGCGCAGAAGACCGCAGCCCGACCCUCCCAAAUGCUCCCCGCACCUGGGCCUAUUUUGAAAUUUCCUUUUUCUAGAGCUUUUUUUCCUUUCGUAAGCCCUGUAAAUAAAUAAAGGCACUUCUUUGAAAGGUUAA